CUUGCUCUCUCACCUCUAUUAAUGAAUAAUGACCAUCCAACACGACUGAACUCCGUUUCAAUUCUCCCAACUCCCCCGAAAAGAAAUACCCUGUGUGGCUCAGUGCGCCAUCCAAAAACCACUCCAAACGGACCAAUACAAUAACCCAAUAGUAUCUUAUCUAUCGUGCACCUAACUUUUCGGGACCUAACCCUCUACCUCGUCCACAACAUCGCCAAACAAUUGCAUUGCCACCAGCACAUGAACACCUUCUCCUCCGCUACCUAGCAAAUCGCACGCUCUCCUCUUACCCAUAAUCCUCACCAUCUCAAUCACAGUCCAGAAUGCCCACAAUGUGGCUCUCAGAUAACCAAAAAAUCGGGGUGAUCUUCUGCUCAGGCGGAGCCCUCUUCCUCUUCGGCGGCGUCCUUCUCUUCUUCGAUCGCUCGCUUCUGGCAAUGGGCAACAUCCUCUUCCUAAUAGGCCUCACGCUCAUAAUCGGCGUCCAAAAAACCCUCGCCUUCUUCAGCCGCCGCCAGAAACUAAAAGGCACGGCCGCAUUCACCGCCGGCAUCCUCCUCAUCCUCCUGCGCUGGCCACUCACGGGCUUCCUGAUCGAACUGUACGGGCUGUUUAUCCUCUUUGGCGAUUUUCUGAUCACGAUUGGGCAGUUUGCGGGCAAUAUUCCGGUUGUGGGCCCGUAUUUGCAGAAGGGGUUGGAGGUUUUGGCGGGGGGGAGGAGUAAUGCUGAGUUGCCUGUUUAGAGGGGUUUCUUUUUUGGUCUUAUGGGUGGGUGGGUGUGUGUGUGAGAGAGGUGGAUGGUUG